AUGCUGCACAAAAGCGAAAGGGAUACAGUAUUACAAUUUUUUAGAAAAGGAAGAAAUGAUAAAUUCAACAUUUUUUCAAACAUCCACGAAAAAGGUGGAAACAAAUUUUUGUUAAGGACAUACGUGACGGAUAAGCAUUAUUUGAAGAAUUGCUUUGUUAAGCAAAAUGACUUUUUCUCACCAUUAAUAAAUAUGAACAAGAACACACAACUUUUUAAAAAAAUUCGAAAUAAAUGUUUUGCAACAACAAAUGAAAGUGUGAAUAGCCUAUCGGAGCAUUAUUCAAAAGACAAUUUAUCCAUUUUAAAAAAUUCCAAUGUUAUCAUUCUUUUCAACAAAAAUGAAAGAGAAACAUUUGGACAAAAAAUAUAUAGAUAUUUAGAUAUAACUGGAUUCUUAACAAGAUAUAAUAAUAGAAAAGAAUGGAUUCUUGAUUUAGAGCCUUAUUCUAGAUUGACUACAGUCAUGUUAACUGAAUAUGAAAGGAAAUUAAUGAUAUUUUUAAAAUUUCAUGUUUAUUUCUUAUUUGUAACAUGUUUAUACCUAUGGUAUCAUGCACAAGUUCAUUUUACAAUGAAACCACCUUGUCCCAAACCACAUGCAUAUGGACAUUUAGAUGGAAGAAAAAGAGACUUCACAUGGCAUGGAAAGCUAUUUUUUAUGUAUCCUAAAGCAAGGUGUAAAGAAUGUCGCUGGCUAGAUGUUCAAUGCAAAAAAGAAUGUUUUGAAAAAUUAAAACAAGAAGGACAUAAAUUUUUCAUAAAUAACGGGGACCCACUCUCUGUACCGAAAACUGUUUUGUAUCCUUCUCAUUUUCAUUGA